CUGUACGCAGUAUAGCUAGCAACUUCCUGAAGUCCCCACAUAGCAGUCUGUGAGCACGGCACAAGUCAGGGCACCUGAGCGUCUCCUCUGCAAAAAACAGAGAAAAAAGAAGAAACACCAGUCAGAAAAAAAUCAUGGGAGAUUCUGUGGCCUGUGGCAUCAUGAUGAAGAAUAUCUCCAUUUGCCCAGAAAUGCCCUACAAAGACAGCAAGACGCUUCUGGUUACUGUUUACAGCAUUGUUUUUGCCAUAGGACUUCCAGCAAAUUGCUUAACUUCCGUGCUUACGUUUGUACAAAUCCAAAGGAAUAAAGUAAUAGCCAUCUACAUUUUCAGUUUAUCAUUGUGUGAACUGAUGUAUUUGAGUACCUUGCCUCUCUGGAUUAUCUAUGUUCAAGAUGAGCAUCACUGGAAAAUGGGCCUAAGUGCUUGCAGAGUUACAGGAUUCAUCUUUUUCUGCAACAUAUACAUCAGCAUUCUGCUCUUGUGCUGCAUUUCUGUGGAUCGUUAUGUGGCAUUGGUAUAUGCUUUGGAAUCAAGGGGGAAAAGGGGACAGAGAAAAGCAAUCCUAAUAGUAUGUUUUCUCUUUGCUAUGGUUGCAAUAAUCCACAGUCCCGUAUUUUCUAUGGAAGAUAAUCCACCGGAUGUGAAUAACAUGACCUGCUUUGAAACUUUCCCCCUUGACACAAAAUUGGCUUCUUUCAACUUUGCCAGAUUCCUAUUUGGAUUUGCCAUACCUUUCACAAUCCUCAUUUUCACAAACUACAAGAUUUUUCAAAGUACAAAAACAAGCACCAGCUUGAGCUGUCGCCAAAAAGCCAAAGUGAAGUAUCUGGCUAUUGCCAUUAUUGUCAUUUUCCUGAUCUGCUUUGCUCCCUACCAUGUGGUACUCGUAAUAAGAUCCAUCUACUUUAUGUUGCAUCAAAGUUGUUCAUGUCCAUUUGAAAGAGAUAUAUAUUCAGUUUUUACUGUAUUUUUGUGUUUAUCCACUGCAAACAGCAUUGCUGAUCCAAUCAUCUAUGUGCUGGUUAGUGAAAACGUCAGAAAAGAUUUUUACAGGAAUGUGAGAAGAUGGAGGUUGAACUCAUCCAGGCUGAAUUCAUCUAUUAAUCACAGGACUGAGAGCGGCAAAUUGAAAAUGGAAAAAGAAUCACAGGAAGGAGUACUGAGAGAAGAAAACAAAAAAGUACCAAAUUCAUCCCACAUUCAGAAGACCUGUGAUAGUGGCAAAGACCAAGCAGAUGGUAGCUAGCGGCCUGCUGGCAACGAAUAAGAAGUUCCCAAGAUCAGCUGCAGGCUGCAUAAUGCAACAUGCUAUUCACAUGAUGAUAUCCUUCGGGAAUUUUGUCAGAGUGCAAGAGCCAGCAACUCCUUGAGGACUCUACAGAAGGGAUACUUCUAAUGUUUUCACUAGAAGAGAUUUCCGUUUGUCUCCUAUUAGAAAAUUUGCCCACCAGUAUCAUCAGUACAAACCUUGCUUUGCUGAGGACAUAUUCAAAAAAACUGUCAUUUACUUUGAGUCAAACUGAAGUCUUAAAAGCUUAUUUUUUGGACCAGCCCUUUUCCUAACACAAAUUCAAAAUCAGUUUUAUUUUCUGAGGUGGAAAGAAAGAUCUCUACUGAGAAAAAUAGUGUAGGGCCUAUUCUUCUUGUUUAAAUCAUUAAUUAAUUAGGAGGUACAUUUUCAGAUCCUCAUACAUGCACUCUGUUGUUGCAUUUGUGGUUAAACAGUGGAAAAUAUUAAAAAUGAGGAAGUCUUUCAACAAGAGCCUUGAAAAUGUUCUUAAUAUUUCAGUACACAGUUUAAUCUACCUUGCACAUUCUGGGGCAAGUAGAGAGGAAAACAGUGGCCUGAGAAGCACAUACAAACAGUACUUCUACUGUGUUAUCCAAGAUCUUAUACGGUCCUGAAAUUCUUGAAAAUGUACAUUUCUAACGUUUGAUAUUUUACAAUUGGUAGAUUUUACUUGUUCUGCAGUUAAAUAUGGAAUGCACUGGAGUAUUUAGAACAUUCAUAAAUUUCCAAGUGGAAUCAGGGACUAUUUUUAUGUCAUCUCCAAAUGUUUGUUGAACUUGUGUUUCACUUCCGAUUAAGAUAAUACUUCAAUGUUGGUAUUGAUCCAGAUUUUAGUGUGUAGGAAUCUAUACAAGAGUUCAGUGCCUUAUUGACAAGGAAGUGGAGCAGCAUGGAGAAUACACUACCUUCUCCUCAGAUGGGAGCUCCUUGGGACAUGCUGGUGUUGCAUAAAUGAGAUUAUGCUGGGCAGAUUUCAUUGUUCCUGCCUCCACUGUAGCUGUGAAUAAAUUAAUGAUGAUAAUACCCUGGGCCUUCAAAGCAGAAAUUAAAAAAAAAAAAAAGAAUCAUGCAAAUCUGCCUCCUGCCAAGAUUUAUCUAAACAUCUUCUUCAUAUUUUUGUAUGACCAAAAUAAAGCAGACAAAGCACAUGAACUAAUUGGAUGUUUAUUUGAAUAUGAGUCUCUAAAGUGUUCAUAUCUCUGUUUUAUGUGUAAUGUAUUUUAGUGACUUUUUAAAAUUGUCAUUAAUGUCCACAUUUCUGAAUUGAACCAAUAUUAGCUAACAUUAAUGUAAAGGUUUGUUAAUAUUUUACAAUUGUUAUAGAUAUUUAUGUAUACUAUGCUUGAUUCUUUCACACUUUCGGAAAAAAGGCAUUGUGCCAGAAUGGCUUUUCCUCAAGUUAUUUAAUUUAUGACAUAUUUAAUUUUUGUAUUAUUUAAUAUGUUCUCUAGCAUCUAUUCAUGAAAUUCUUGUGUCCUUAAAACACAAUAAUAAUGUAGUUAACACAAUACUGAAUGGAAUAGGAGAUUGUUUCUUGGAGAAAUGUGAAAUUCUGCUGUGAUGCUAAUUAACAAACCAUGUUUUUCCUAUUUUCAUACGGAUCCCAGAGAUCAAAUCCUCCAAAAUAUUAAGGAGAGACCUGUAAAGUGCUGAAUGUAACUUCUGCUGAAAAUCAAACUUUCCAUUACUAAAAAGCUCAGCAGCAGGCAUUGCUCGGAAUAACCCCAGUCAGCCAGAGCACUGUUGAGUCAUCUCUGAAGACACUUAUGCAAACUGCCCCAACCUCAGGAUAUUCAUAGUCUAAAUGUAAGGCUCUGAUGAAUAAUAGCAGUGAAAUUAGAAGAAACCAAGGAGACAUCAACUUCUAAACUGAAUUAAACGGAUGCAAAUUGGAUACUCACCCUGAUGAAUGUAGAAACCUCUCUCCUUUUUCUCUGAUAAAAAGUUAGUGUAUUUAUAGCAAUGGAGCCUAGUGUCAUAAAUGCAGGGGACAGGGAUUAGCAGGGUCUAAUGCAACAUGUGUAAUUCUUCUGCCUUGCCUAAUUUACUUGCCAUAUCACAUUACUAUAUAGUUUUGCAUCUUUUCUUAAGGAAAAUCCUUGGAGCUUCUUUGUUCAGGACACUGAAAUAAAAUCCUUAGAGAUGACAAAGCCCUGUGCAACCUGAUCUAACUUUAAAGGUGACCUAGAUGAUUUCCAUAGGUCCCUUCCAACUUAAAUUAUUCUAUGACAAAAUACUGAAGGGAUUGCAGGGGGCACAUAUCAUGCAAGGUAUCCUCAUGAGGAAAUUGCAAAUCCCGACUUCUUUGGAUAAACGGAAAAGCAGUGUUUUACAUUUGAGUGAGGACACCGAGAAAUGCUAUUUCCACAUUGUUAAAAUAUCCCAUCUGAUAAGCCAGCUGAUCUCAUGCAAUAAAUUGAAGCAUGUGAUCUCACUGUUUGUCAAGUAUCUGACUAUGCCAUACAGACAAAUGAAGGAGCUCAACACUGGGACACUUUCUGCAGACACAGCAAGGACACUGCUCAGGUCAGAGCAGAUCGAAAGAUGGAUUGAUUGUGUAGACCUUUCCAUCAUUUCCUACUGCAAGGAAAUUACCCACAAGCCUGCAAGGACUGUUUCAGCCUGUAAAGAUUCAUCUACUACAUCAAGUCUUCAGUUCUCAACCCAGCUAUCUGGAUCUGUCCCUUGUAAACUUCCAGCUUUCUCAACUCAGCUUAAGCUGUAAGAUGCCCUGGAGAGAGUACAGGACCAAACUUACGCAGUGCUUGCUAAUUUGAUCACCAUGUCUCUACACAUAAGGCUCAAAGUGAGUAAGUAGCUCACCAAUGCAACCGGGGCCAGAUUCUGAAGCCUCACUCCAUUUUUCCUCAGCAUUUACUCAGGUAGAACUCCUAUAAGUUGGUUGAAUGAAGACUGGGGUAUUUAAUAAAUAAAUUAUGAUUUUA